UUGGGAGCCCGGUGGUGGGCGGCGCAUUGGACUGCAAAAUGACAAACGGGGUGUCCGAGGGCGUGGUGGGGGCGGUGCCCGUGGAAGGGCUCCUGUUUGUGGGCGGCACGGAGAGCGUCAAGCGGGAGCCGGAGGACCUAACCCGCCGAACCAACAGUCCUGCCGACCGCGGCGUCCUGUGCGACAGACGCCGAUCGCUCCUGCCUCCGCCACCGCCCGACGGAGACUCCCCGCCAGCGCUCGACGUCCCGCCCGCCCUCAAGGACGACCUUGACCACCACGUGAUAAAGGAGGAGCUGGAACACAGCAGCCUCAAGGUGGAGUCGGGGGAUCGUCCUCGCGCCAACCACACACUCGUCAUCCAGGCGCCCCAGGACUCGGCCGACAAGAUGAGUGCCGGCACGGGCAGCUACAUCGGGGGCUUCUCGGCCGCCUCGCCACAGUCGUACGAGCACGUGUCGCCGUACCUGUCCCCCUCGCCACAGCCGUACACCACCAGCACGUCGCCCGUGGUGCGCGGCUCCUCCGCCGUGCACACCGUCUCGGACAACUACUACCGGGACUACUACUCGCCGAUCGAGACCCAGUACAGUGUGCGCCAGGAAUACAGUCCCGCGGACACGGGCUUCGCGGACCGCUACCCGCGCCCGGCUUAUAAGGCCAACGGGGUCUCGAACACCCUCACCGUCGACCUGCCCUCUCCCGCGGACUCUGGCAUCUCCGCCGACGCCGUCACCCCAGGGAUCAGCCAGCCAUCACUCAGGCUUCGAAUAUACGCUCAACACACACAAAUUCACAUUCUCUUUAAGAGAAGUUCCAGGAGAAGUUCUUUAAGAGAAGUUCAGUUCUUAAGAGAAGAGAAGUUCCUUAAGAGAAGCCAAGCAAUAGUUUCCAGCCGAGAAACAGUUAGAUUAAACCGGUCAGGAAUUGUGAUCAGCCCGACCGGGACCGAGGAGGAAGGGGUCGGAAGGGUCUCAGGGACAGCCUCCGACGGUCCGCUCAGCCGACGCGUUGAGGUCCCCGUCGUCCCGUCCAUUCAUCGGCGCGCAGUCCUCUCGGCGCGGUCCCCCGAGGCGCUGUCAUCCUCCGACGGCGAGUCUUUGGCACAGAUCCAAAGAGCAGCAAUUUCUUAUUAUCUGCUGCCCUGUUGCCAACACCUAUGGUUCCAGAAGGUUGUCAACAGAUUUAACAGAUUUAUCAGUGUCGCUAUUCAGUGUCUAAGCACGGACUUCAGCAGCCAAAAGGGCGUAAAGGGUCUGCCGCUCCACAUCCAGGUGGACACGUACGAAGACCCCCGGGAUGCGGCCACCUUGGUCCACCGGGGGUACUGCCAGAUCAAGGUCUUCUGCGACAAGGGCGCCGAGAGGAAGACUCGAGACGAGGAGAGGCGAGCAGCCAAGAGAAGAAUGGCCGCCACCACGCGCAAGAAAUACGAGGAUCUCUACCACCAACCUUGCGACCGCUCCGAGUUCUAUUCCAUGUCGGAUCUCACGAAGCCGCCCGUGCUCUUCACGCCGCGAGGACAUCGAAUGUCGAUGGAACUCCAAGGUUUCUACGGACACGACACAGAAAAUGGGCAAAAAAGCGAAAAGGUCCUAAAAGUGAAUCACAAACGAGGCAGUAGCACAUGCGGCUUCAAGACUGAUGCUGAAUCCAUUAAUUUUGCCCCAUAUUUCCUAUGCUAUAGAUCAGUCGGGUGUUUGCAGGGAUUAUGUAGUCUUGCUACGGAGCCUGAGCCCUCACCUGCCGCCACCUCGAUGACCUCUGGUGAGGCAUCGGUUGCCAAGUUCAGAACAAUUAUAGGUCACGUGCAGAUAUUCGAGCCUCGCCCCUACAGGUCCCCCUCCCAGCGCCGUCUCGCCAAAAGCAACAGCAGUAGCUACAAGUUCCACUACAGCUUCCCACAACCCUAUGGGGACGGCCGCAAGGAGCUGACAGCCGGGCUCCCCAACGGGUCCCUGGACAGCCCCAUGGCCGACGUCUUCUCGCACGUGUCCAAGCGGUCCCGACUCACGCCGCCCCUCACCGAGAGACUAAUGCUGUAUGUGAAGCAGGACGGGGAGGAAUACUACACCCCGCUCCACCUCGUCCCGCCCUCCACGGUGGGGCUGCUGUCGGCGAUCGAGGAAAAGUACAAAAUCCCCAUGCAGAGUAUCAAAAAUGUGUACCGGAAAAAUAGAGUCGGCGUGAUGGCCAAUGGACGACGAGAUGCUGCGCCACUACUGCACGAGGACAUCUUCCAAAUGGAGGUCCAGCACCGGGACGCAGAGAGCUACGACCUCACCCUCACCGAGCUCGCGCAGGUGGACCACUGAGGCUCGCGCGCUAGCCUCCGUCUCCCCCCCUCUCUCUCUCUCU